CCUCGGCAGCCGCCGCCGCGCAGCCGGCGGUGUCAGUGCCACGGUGUCCGCCGGGGAGCGAGAGGCAGCGCCGGCGCCCGCCCGCCCGAUCCCCGCGGCCAGGCCCCCGCAUGCAGCCCUCACCCUGGAGCGGCGGCGGCGGCGCAUCGAGGAGCUCUCGAGGUCCUCCCGGCAGCGGCUGCUGCAGUCGCGGGACAGGAUGUUCUCCAAGUUCACCUCCAUCCUGCAGCACGCCGUGGAGGCGCUCGCACCUUCCCUUCCAUUACAAGAAGAUUUUGUUUACCACUGGAAAGCAAUCACCCAUUACUACAUAGAGACCUCAGAUGACAAAGCUCCUGUGACUGAUACAAAUAUUCCCUCUCACCUGGAACAGAUGUUGGAUAUUUUAGUUCAAGAAGAAAAUGAGAGGGAAUCAGGUGAAACAGGACCAUGUAUGGAAUAUUUGCUGCAUCACAAGAUUCUGGAGACACUCUACACCCUAGGAAAAGCUGAUUGUCCUCCAGGAAUGAAACAGCAAGUUUUGGCUUUUUAUACAAAACUUCUUGGAAGAAUUCGGCAGCCUCUUCUUCCUCACAUAAAUGUGCACAGGCCAGUGCAGAAAUUAAUCAGGCUGUGUGGUGAGGUUCUGGCAACACCAACAGAAAAUGAAGAAAUUCAGUUUCUCUGCAUAGUAUGUGCAAAGCUGAAACAGGAUCCAUACCUAGUCAACUUUUUUCUUGAGAAUAAGUUAAAAGCAAUGGCUCUCCAAGGAUCAGCAAGUGUAAUCAUAGAAGACAUGAUAAAAGACCAAGAGUCUGUGACAGACACGGGGCAGCCUGGCCAGCCUGAGGAGACGCCCGGUGCUGCCGGAGCCGAGCGCAUGGAGAAGGAAGAUGAGCUCCCACAACAGGCAGAGGAGCUCUCUUUCAGUCUGGAUGAGCUCAAUGUCGCAACAUCACCUGAGUCCUCCACUGCUUGUCCAAAUCAAGACUAUAAUUUAGUGAAUUCUCUACUAAACCUCACUAAAAGUCCUGACGGCCGGAUAGCUGUGAAGGCCUGUGAAGGUCUCAUGCUUUUGGUGAGUUUGCCAGAACCAGCAGCUGCCAAGUGCCUGACUCAAAGCACUUGUUUAUGUGAAUUGUUGACAGACAGGCUGGCCACCCUCUACAAAGCCUUGCCUCAGUCACUGGAUCCCUUAGACAUUGAAACAGUGGAGGCAAUUAACUGGGGUUUGGAUUCCUACAGCCACAAAGAAGAUGCAUCUGCUUUUCCAGGGAAAAGAGCACUGAUUUCAUUUCUUUCUUGGUUUGACUACUGUGAUCAACUCAUCAAAGAAGCGCAAAAGACAACUGCUGUUGCUAUGGCGAAAGCUGUGCGGGAACGAUUCUUCAUUGAUGUUAUGGAACCUCAGCUGAUGCAAACUUCAGAGAUUGGAAUCCUCACGUCAACUGCACUAUUGCACCGCAUUGUUCGUCAGGUGACCUCGGAUGUCCUGCUGCAGGAGCUGGUGUAUUUUAUACUUGGGGAGCAGAGAGAGCCAGAAACACUGACAGACAUCAACAGGCACCCACUGCGGCACAGGCUGAUCGAGCACUGCGAUCACAUUUCUGAUGAGAUCAGCAUAAUGACUUUACGAAUGUUUGAGCACCUUUUGCAAAAACCCAAUGAGCACAUUCUUUAUAAUUUGGUUCUGAGAAAUUUGGAAGAAAGAAACUACAUGGAAUACAAGCCUCCCUGUCAAGAAGAUAAAGAUGUGGUAGAGAAUGGACAGAUUGCUGGAGCAGUAGAUCUGGAGGAAGAUCCAUUAUUUACUGAUCUGUCUCCAGAUAACACAUUGUCAGCUCAGGAGUGGCUCAGUGCUUCUCCACCUGUCAGUCCAGAACAUCCAAAAAAUGAUGGGAAGACUGAAGUUCAUAAAAUUGUAAAUAGUUUUCUCUGUCUUGUGCCUGAUGAAGCAAAGUCAUCAUACCAUGUGGAGGGUACAGGUUAUGAUACUUACCUCAGAGAUGCCCACAGACAAUUCCGGGAUUAUUGUGUCAUUUGCUUACGGUGGGAGUGGCCUGGAUCUCCCAGAUCUUUGGAAAAGUGCAAUUUAGAAGCUUCAUUUUUUGAAGGACACUUCUUGAAAGUUCUGUUUGAAAGAAUGGGCAGGAUUCUUGAUCAGCCCUAUGAUGUAAAUUUACAAGUUACAUCAGUGUUGUCCAAACUGUCCCUGUUUCCCCAUCCUCAUAUACACGAAUACCUUCUGGAUCCUUACGUCAACCUCGCCUCUGGCUGCAAGUCUCUCUUCUCUGUGAUUGUCAGGGUCGUCGGGGACCUCAUGGUUAGAAUCCAGCGCAUCCCAGAUUUCACUCCCAAACUUCUGCUGGUCAGAAAACGCCUGCUGGGCUUGGAGCCAGAAGGACCCAUCAUUGACCACAUGACGUUACUAGAGGGCGUGAUUGUGCUGGAAGAGUUCUGCAAGGAGCUGGCGGCGAUCGCCUUUGUCAAGUACCACACCUCGGCCACGCCCUGAGCAGCCCCGCGCCGGGAGCCACCCCGGGGCCGCUGCCAGCACCCAGCGACAGGGUGGUGCCUCCCGGCAAAGGGGCAGGGGAUCUUGGGAAGACAAAGUUGCUUUCACCGCAUGUUGAGAUUGCAAAUGGACUUGGAAUAUGAGCAAAGGCAUUUGGGGAGAAACCAAUACACAGCAUUUCUAGACACUGUGUGAAGAGCUGCAAAAGCUGCAUGAAGAACCACAGACAUCAAACCUUGGUUAUUCUGAUGAUGAUGUUUAGAGAGUUUGGGCUCUUGUAUGUCCUGGGGCUCACAUGCACCAAUUUGCUCUUUGUGACCAUAUUACUUUUAAAAAAGCAAAUUAAUUUUAUAACAUUUUUGUCUUAAUUGUUUUUCUUUUCAGUUGGGUAUAUGAAAGAAAAACACACCUAUAGUUGCAAUGUAUGUUAUUAAAAAUGAAAAAGUUCAAAAAAUCCACCAAUCCAUAUACAACAGGAUGUGUUCAUGAGGGAUCAUUUUGCUCUUGGUAGAUCUUAAGUACAGCUCUGAGCUCGAUUCCUCAGUGGUUUACUCCAAGAAAUCUAUCAGUCUAAAAUCAAUACUAAAGAAGUUAAUCUUGAUUCGGCAUCACAUCCAUAAGAAAUGUAUGUGAAGUGUACAUGUUUGUAGCAUGUUUGUCUCUGUCAUUCCAAGUGAUUGAUCUCCAGGUCACCCAUGUAACUAGAUUUGCUUUAGCUUUUUACAUGGGAACUGUAGUUGCUUGACUCAUGUCACCUUUACAUUAUAGGUUAAUGAUAGGUCAUCAGUAGUUGUUGCUGAAACAGUAUUUUUAAUUUCUUUUAAAUUGGUAUUAGUCUGAAUUAGUUUAAGAAUCUUUUGUGCCUUGAAAAUUGGCAGCAUAAACAUUCUGUUAUUUUGAGAGAUACUUUUAUUGCUUAUCUAACCAUCACAGUGAUGUCAACUCAGUUAAAGCAUUGAUGACUUACUUAGGACCAAAAUUUGCACCUGCUUUUCAGAGUGCUGGGAUGCAGAAAUGCCUUUCAGUGACUCCUUUUCCCUGUGAAUGCCAUCAGCCAGGGCAGGCACUGGCAUUGCAAGCAGAGGCCACUUCAGGGUGCUUUGCCUCAGUCCUCCAGAGGACUCACUGCCAGCAGCCUGUGCACUGGCAGGUGGCUGUGCUGGACCUUGCAGUCACACCCAGUGACCUGUCCUGCUCCACACACAAGGGUAGGCCCCCUUUGCCCUCCUUUGAACAAGGCCAGGUAGAGCUCAGCUCCUUCUGUUUACAUUGUCUUUGCUUGUUUGUCUUUCCUGCCCCUCUUUGCACAGCUGAUGCUCGUUUCAGAUGUCAUUGCUCAUAUGCAAACAUGGACUAAUUUAUUCACUCACUAGAAUUCCUCUGGAUUUACAUGACUGUACCUAGAAUCAGAUUCUGCUCUUUUUCCUUGCUUUUGAGGUCUUGUUUUUUAGUAUUUAUGGAAGCUGGAUGUUAAGAGACCUUUUAAGUUAGCAGGUUAAUUAGAGCAGUGUCACAGUUAAUGGGCUAAAUUUAUUCUUGUCACCAGUGAAGAGCAUCCUGCUGUAAAAGCUUCCAGUACAGGUUCAGCUGGAGAAAGCAGUUCUGGUACUGGGGAAACAUUUUGGCAGGUAGAAUCUGUAUUCAGUGGCUCCCUGUACUGGGACACUUUUGCCAAAACUGUUGCAUUUCUCUGGCAAACAAAAGCAUGUUUUACUUCUUCACCUGUUGGGGUUUUUUCUGCAUUUAGCUCCAAAGUGUUUUCAGGUCCAAGUAGCAUAGUAGGACAAAGUUUGAAAAAAAUUACACUUUAUUUUUGUUCUUUAGAAACAUACCUAGAAUGUAGCAAAUAAUUUUUAGUGAUCUGCAUUGCAGACAGUCUGCAUUAGGAGCUGACACAUAGUUUAGAACAUGUUGAUGUCUAUGCAGAGUGAUGUUUAAUACAUACAUUUAUUAUUUAUAAGGUCCCAAUUUAGCAAAACAUUUAAACAUAAGCUUAAUUUCAAGUAAUUUUUCCUUAAAUCACAGUCUUUUACAUGAACAAAGGUAAGCUGUUGAGCAGAAAUGCUGAUGCUUUACUGAAUUGGGUCUUUGUUGGUUUUGCUUGAGCUUAAUUACUUUUUCCUCAAAUCAUCUAUUUAUUUUUUUUAAAGCAUAUGAUCCGGAAUACUUCUGAUGUCCCAAUUUCAGUGAAAACUGGAAGUGAUAAUACUAUUAAAAAGGAAAGUGAGCAAAAUGUUAAACAAAACUUGCAAGAGCAUUCUAAGUAAUAUAAGAAUUGAUAAAGUCAUUCAAGAGUUGCCUGAUCUCAAAUGAAAGCAUUAUCAUCACUUCCUUUGUUUUGCUAUUUUCACUGGUAGCUGAACUCAUUACACUGAAAGGCUGCAGCCUCUGUGGUGUUCUAAUGCAAAACUGCAGAGCUGCAAACACAAGUUCCUUAAGUUUGUCCAUGAGAAAAAUAAGUAGAACUAUGAUCACUCUUAGAAUCAGGCUAUGAUUCUUCAGUCUCCAGUGACAUUGGUGAUGUUCUCUUGCAAACCAAAUGUUACUUAGUUGAUAAAUUUAUAAGACAUGGAUCCAUUCCCACACAAGUGAAGCAAUCCUUAAAGUUGCUUUAGCCUAAACUGCUUUUGUGAGUGCUGCUUACAAACCCUUAUUACCAUACCUGAUGACAAUGACCUUUAUUUUUGUAAAAGUGCUUUAAUCUUUCUUAAGAGAUGGAACUCAUUUAAUUAUUUUUGUGGUGAUAUUUUUCAUGCACUUUUUUUUUUAAUGGUUAGAAGUUAGUUCAGGUCCAUGUUUUCACCUUUUUGAUCUAUGCAUGUCAUUAAGGAGCCCAUUUUGUUUCUAUGUGCAUGUGUUUGUGUGUGGUUAUUUAUUACCCAGAGAGGGCCACCAGAGAAAAUACUUGGCCCGAAGAUUUCAUGGCUUGUGCAGAUCCUCCAGAUGUCAGUGGGAAAGACACAUGCUCAUCACCUUAGAGAAUGGGGCCACUGGUAUUACAUUGAAAUAGUUGAGAUGGGAUACUAGAAUAAUUUUUUAUUUCAAAAAGCAGAUCCAAACCACAUUCUAAUCUUGAUGCACAUGUGUGUAAAUAGAAGCAUUGUUUUACCUUUUUUUUUUUUUUUUUUUUUUUUUUUUUUUUUUUUUUUUUUUUUUUUUUUUUUUUUUAUUUAUAUUUUGUAUUUGAUUUAGACUCUGAUUUAGAAAAUUUUGUAAUAAGCCAUGUGCUAGCUCUGGUAGAACAAGUUUGUCCUGAGUUUCUCCUAUGACUGUAAUAUUCCUGGUAUUCAGAUUCUCUCUGUGUAAUGUUCUUACUCUAUAUUUGUCUGUGCAAUAUAAAAGCUGUGACUUGAUGCACAGCUUGAGUCUGGUUGUACAUCACCUAUGUAUAUAUAUACAUAUAUAUAUAAAAGGACCAGAAUCCUGAGCUUGCUUACACUAUGAUUAGUGUAAAGAUUGCCACACUUCAUUUUACAGGGCACAAGUAAUCAUGGAAUUGCUUUGUAAAUGCAUGGUAAUUUCUACCAUAACCUGCUGUGCAAUCUCACAGGUGACAUUUUAUUAGUGCUCUUUGUCUUGCUGGAAGAAAUACUAACCUGAAGGACUUGGUGACUUAAAGGGUCCUGGAGUAGACCUGGGACUACCUGGAAAAUCCAUAUCUGAUAUUGCAUAUCAUACAGGGUUUUCAAACCAUGUCCUCAGUGCUUUCUGUGCCCUGUAAAAUAGUGUAAUUAUAUAAGAUAUAUACUCCUUGUUUUGCCUCCUGCCUUGUUUACAUUAAACAGAGGAUAUUCAGUAAAAAUUUUCUAUUAAACUUUGUGUAGGUCACUUACUAACAGUGUUGCCAAGGUUUCACAGAUGUGGGAAUUUCCAAUGAGGAAUUUUUGAAACAGCCACAUUACCAGACAUACAAUAUUAAGUUUUAUGAAGGAGGUUGUGGUAAAACUCAACUUUUUGUGCUAAAAAAUGCAUGGAGGAUUAAAAGGGAUAUUCUCAAAAUAAAUUAAUUUCAGUGAA